UGGAUUAUCCUGCAGAGUAAUACUGGGCUUGGUCUAACAGUGGAUUAUCCUGUAGAGUAAUACUGGGCUUGGUCUAACAGUGGAUUAUCCUGCAGAGUAAUACUGGGCUUGGUCUAACAGUGGAUUCUCCUGCAGAGUAAUACUGGGCUUGGUCUAACAGUGGAUUAUCCUGCAGAGUAAUACUGGGCUUGGUCUAACAGUGGAUUAUCCUGCAGAGUAAUACUGGGCUUGGUCUAACAGUGGAUUUUCCUGUAAGGAAACUAAAAUGGAAACCAACUAUAGAAAUCAGGGUUGUGAAUGGAGUCUGAUGGAAUUGUUACCUAGAACCAGAUUGAUUGAUUGACUGAUGGAUUUAUUGAUUCAUUAAUUGAUUGGUUGGUUGAAUAGGGAGCUCUAUCAGGCAGUGUUUUGAGGAGACCCAGGUCAGUCCAGUCCUAUUCUAGUCCAGUGAAGACCCCUGCCCCUCCCAAGCCCCCCCGCCCUCGCCCCCGUCCCGCCUCAGCACUGGUCGACCUCCGAGUCUGCAGUCCCUUCCCAGAGGGCUGUGCGUUUGCCGUUACUCAGCAGGCCACAGGGGGCUCUCUGUGCCGGCACAGACGCAGGCCCGGUCCCAUGAUGCACCUCUUGCCGCCGGGUCGGAGACAGGCAGGCAGUCUGGCCAGACCAUGCUCUGUCAUAGAGCCCUCUGUUACCGUGGAGACAGACCCCGCGAGUCACAGAGCCAUGUCUCGUCCCCCAGGGGCAUCACCUUUAGAGCCCCCCCUCAGAGUGUCUCUUCAGAGGUGUCACUCCCUCCCGCCCAGCAGCCUUACCACUCUGGCCCUGUUUCCGGGACACACAGCAGAAUCCCAGUCAUCCUCAAUGUGUCCUGGUGAUGGAGAGACUGGCAGCUGCAGGAGGAGACUGCUCAGAACAGGCUCUGGUCCACUACAAGUUAACAUCUUGAUAAGUGGAGGAUCUAUCGUCAGCGCUGAGGCAGUAUGGGACCAUGUGACCAUGGCCGACCGAGAGUUGGCGUUUAAGGCCGGUGAUGUCAUCAAGGUGCUGGACGCGUCCAAUAAGGACUGGUGGUGGGGUCAGAUCGACGAGGAGGAGGGGUGGUUCCCCGCCAGCUUCGUACGGGUCGAACCCCACCCUCCUCAACCCCAAACAAAACAGCUUUUCUAUAUCAACCCCAUAGCAACUGCUCGGUUCCAAAACACUACGUCUAAGCUGUGGGUGAACCAGGAGGAUGGGGGGGUGGAGCCUGCGGAGGGGACCAGUGAAGUGGCUAACGGUCACCUGGAUCCGACCAAUGACUGCUUGUGCCUGGGCUCGCCACUUCAGAACCGUGACCAGAUGAGAGCCAACGUCAUUAAUGAGAUCAUGAGCACAGAGAGACACUACAUCAAACACCUCAAGGACAUCUGUGAGGGCUACCUGCGUCAGUGUAGGAAGAGGGUAGACAUGUUUAACGAUGACCAGCUGAGGGUGAUCUUUGGGAACAUCGAGGACAUCUACCGUUUCCAGAUGGGCUUCGUUAGAGACCUGGAGAAACAAUACAACAACGAGGAACCACACCUGUCUGAGAUAGGACCCUGCUUUCUAGAACAUCAAGAUGGCUUCUGGAUCUACUCUGAGUACUGUAACAACCACCUGGACGCCUGUAUGGAGCUGUCCAAGCUGAUGAGAGACGGGAGGUACCAGCACUUCUUCGAGGCCUGUCGUCUGCUGCAGCAGAUGAUCGACAUCGCUAUCGACGGCUUCCUCCUCACACCUGUGCAGAAGAUCUGCAAAUACCCCCUGCAGCUGGCCGAGCUGCUCAAAUACACCCCACAGGAACACAGUGACUAUCGCUACGUGGCGGCGGCGCUGGCGGUGAUGCGUAACGUCACUCAGCAGAUCAACGAGAGGAAGAGGAGGCUGGAGAACAUUGACAAGAUCGCCCAAUGGCAGGCCUCUGUCCUGGACUGGGAGGGUGAUGACAUCCUGGACCGGAGCUCGGAGUUGAUCUAUACAGGAGAAAUGUCUUGGAUCUACCAGCCUUAUGGACGCAGUCAGCAACGUGUCUUCUUCCUAUUUGAUCACCAGCUGGUCCUCUGUAAGAAGGACCUGAUUCGUAGGGACAUCCUGUACUAUAAGGGCCGUAUCGACAUGGACCGCUAUGACGUGCGGGACGCCAUCGAUGGUCGUGACGAAGACUUCAACGUCAGCGUGAAGAACGCAUUCAAAUUGCACAACAAAGACAGCGAGGAGCUCCACAUCUUCCUGUCCAAGAAACUGGAGGAGAAGAUACGAUGGCUCCGGGCUUUCCACGAGGAGAGGAAGAUGGUGCAGGAGGAUGAGAAAAUCGGGUUUGAGAUCUCAGAGUACCAGAAGCGUCAGGCAGCCCUGACUGUGAGGAAGGUAUCUAAACAGAAAGGUGUGAACAGGUGCGUGCCCCCCUCCUACCCCCCUCCCCAGGAUCCCCUACCCCUGGGACAGUAUGACCUAGCAAAGGACUUGGCACAUGCAGAGGUUUUUGAAUUGAGUCAAUCCAAACGAGGCCAGGCUCCUUUCUGGCACAACAAUUUUACUAGAUUAACACCUUUUAAGAAAUAGAGAAACAGACUCUUUCCAAGGACCAUCUAUUUUUUUCUGAGAAACACUCAAACUAAAAUAUUUGGAAGAUUACAUCGUUGUCCUGUGAAAAAUAAUUGAAGACAAAAAAAUAACUACUGGAAGAAGGACCAAUGAUGUUUAUUUGUGAGUUUCAUUGUGGAGACUGAGUUUGUGAGUUGUCACCCAGGAGACUGGAGAACUAUGGAUUCUAACUUCUUCACUUCAUUCUAACUGUUCUUGGUUCUGAGUUCCAAUGCUUCUCUCCUUCAGUAGACACUCCUGUUCCAUACUGAACUGUACUGUACAGGAAUCUACUACAACAUCCCUCAACCCCACCAUCGCCAUCUGAAUGUCCUGGAUUCAUGGAGAUCGCUUUUAUUUGGUUCUUUUCAGGCUCUGCCUCUUUUCCAUAUUUGAAGUAAGCAUAUUUAAUGUUUCUUUACCAGAACUAGUGAGUCCACCUACCUACAGUACAGUAUGAUUGUGUAGAUGACAGGCGUUGUGUUGAUGUGUGUGUCUGUGAGGAUUAUGUUGUUAUGAGUGUGCACUGCAACGAUGAGGCUGAAAUGGCAUCCUAUUCCCUAUAUUGUUUGGUAGGUGGGGUGCCACUUUGACUGACAGGAGAGCUAUUGGCCGGUUCUAAUGUUUCUCAUAAGUUCUGUCGUCAGCAUCACUGACGACUGUCCCAUUAAAGACUGGUCAGACCAUAUCUCUCUCUCUCAUUCUCUCUCUCGUCUAUCUCUCUCUCUCUCUCUUCUCUUUACCCUCUGUCUAUCUAUCUCUCUCUCUCUCUCCCUCUUCUCUUUACCCUAUGUAUAUCUCUCUCUCUCUCUCUCUCUCUCUCUCUUUACCCUCUGUCUAUCUAUCUCUCUCUCUCUCCCUCUUCUCUUUGCCCUCUGUCUAUCUCUCUCUCUCUCUCUCUCUCUCUCUCUCUCUCUCUCUCUCUGUACCCUCUGUCUAUCUAUCUCUCUCUCUCUCCCUCUUCUCUUUGCCCUCUGUCUAUCUCUCUCUUUCUCCCUCUUCUCUUUACCCUAUGUCUCUCUCUCUCUCUCUUCUCUUUACCCUCUGUCUAUCUAUCUCUCUCUCUCUCCCUCUUCUCUUUACCCUCUGUCUAUCUAUCUCUCUCUCUCCCUCUUCUCCUUGCCCUCUGUCUAUCUCUCUCUCUCUCUCUCUUUACCCUCUGUCUAUCUCUCUCUCUCUCUCUUUACCCUCUGUCUAUCUCUCUCUCUCUUUACCCUCUGUCUAUCUCUCUCUCUCUCCUCUUUACCCUCUGUCUAUCUCUCUCUCUCUCUCUCUCUCUUUACCCUCUGUCUCUCUCUCUCUCUCUUCUCUUUACCCUCUGUCUAUCUCUCUCUCUUCUCUUUACCCUCUGUCUAUCUAUCUCUCGCUCUCUUCUCUUUACCCUCUGUCUAUCUCUCUCUCUCUUCUCUUUACCCUCUGUCUAUCUCUCUCUCUCUCUCUCUCUCUUUACCCUCUGUCUCUCUCUCUCUCUCUUCUCUUUACCCUCUGUCUAUCUCUCUCUCUUCUCUUUACCCUCUGUCUAUCUAUCUCUCUCUCUCUUCUCUUUACCCUCUGUCUAUCUCUCUCUCUCUCUCUCUCUUCUCUUUACCCUCUCUAUCUCUCUCUCUCUUCUCUCUACCCUCUGUCUCUCUCUCUCUCUCUCUCUCUCUCUCUCUCUCUCUCCUCUUUACCCUAUGUCUAUCUCUCUCAUUCUCACUCUCUCUCACUCUCUAUUCACUCUGUCUAUUUCUCUCUGCUUUCUGUUUUUCUUUAUUCCCUUUCUUUCUCUCUCUUUACCAUCUGUCUCCUCUCUCUCCCCAUCUCUCUCUCUCCCUCCCUCCCUCUCUCUUUCUCUCUUCUCAAUCUCCAUUCCCCUCUAUAUCUGUCUUAUCUCACUCUUUCCCCUCUCUCUGUCUCUCUUUUCCCUCUAUCUUAGUUGUCUCUCUCUUUCUGUUCCCUCCCUUCUAUCUGACUAUGUUUUUGUUUAAUGAGGUUAGACAUCUAAUUUGAUGUCUGCCAUUAUCCAUGAUAUUACGGCACGUCAGGGAAAUAAUCAAUAGCCGUAACAUCAAUACAACAUUUACAUUAUCUACUACGCACCAAACACUGUUGACAGGGUAUAAUCAUUGCGUCCAUCCACAGAGGCUGGCUGUUGGGUCACAAAGGGUUUCAUGUUCCUGUCUGUCUGAGUACUAAGAUGUAGACCAGUAGAAUGUCUGUCUGUCUCACCUGUCUGUCUGAGUACUGAGCUGUAGACAGGUAGAAUGUCUGUCUGUCUGAGUACUGAGCUAUAGACAGGUAGAAUGUCUGUCUGUCUGAGUACUGAGCUGUAGACAGGUAGAAUGUCUGUCUGUCUGAGUACUGAGCUGUAGACAGGUAGAAUGUCUGUCUGUCUGAGUACUGAGCUGUAGACAGGUAGAAUGUCUGUCUGUCUGAGUACUGAGCUGUAGACAGGUAGAAUGUCUGUCUGUCUGAGUACUGAGCUGUAGACAGGUAGAAUGUCUGUCUGUCUGAGUACUGAGCUGUAGACAGGUAUAAUGUCUGUCUGCCUGAGUACUGAGCUGUAGACAGGUAGAAUGUCUGUCUGUCUGAGUACUGAGCUGUAGACAGGUAGAAUGUCUGUCUGUCUGAGUACUGAGCUGUAGACAGGUAUAAUGUCUGUCUGCCUGAGUACUGAGCUGUAGACAGGUAGAAUGUCUGUCUGUCUGAGUACUGAGCUGUAGACAGGUAUAAUGUCUGUCUGUCUGAGUACUGAGCUGUAGACAGGUAGAAUGUCUGUCUGUCUGAGUACUGAGCUGUAGACAGGUAGAAUGUCCGUCUGUCUGAGUACUGAGCUGUAGACAGGUAUAAUGUCUGUCUGCCUGAGUACUGAGCUGUAGACAGGUAUAAUGUCUGUCUGUCUGAGUACUGAGCUGUAGACAGGUAUAAUGUCUGUCUGUCUGAGUACUGAGCUGUAGACAGGUAGAAUGUCUGUCUGUCUGAGUACUGAGCUGCAGACAGGUAGAAUGUCUGUCUGUCUGAGUACUGAGCUGUAGACAGGUAAAAUAUCUGAGUACUGAGCUGUAGACAGGUAGAAUGCCUGUCUGUCUGAUCGGACUAAAACAUAUCAUCUAAUUCCAUGACAGAAAUGACAAAAUGACAAAAUUAUAUGACAGAUAAUUUUAUUUUUUUCAUUUUGUUCAGCUGUCGAAUAAUUAACAUUCACAAUGAAGCAAAUAGGUUUUUUCUCGUUUAAAAAAAAAAAAUCUGCAUAUGUUGAGGAAGCAGAGCCAACCAUACAGGUGUGUGUGUUCCCUUGUUUUAGACAUUAGUAAGAAUACUACACUAUUAGAGAUGGUGUCAACCAGUGGAGGCUGCUGAGGGGAGGACGGCUCAUAAUAAUGUCUGGAACAGCAUCAAUGGAAUGGUAUCAAACACAUCAAAGACGUGGUUUCCAUGUGUUUGAUACCAUUCCAUUGACGCCGUUCCAGACAUUAUUAUGAGCCGUCCUCCCCUCAACAGCCUCCACUGAUAUCAACUGGUGUCAGGUUUCAUUUCAAGUUCUGAUGUGGCUCAGUUGGUAGAGCAUGGUGCAUGUAAUGCCAGGGUUGUGGGUUUGAUUCCCUUGGUGGACCGGUAUGAAAAUGUAUCCACUCACGACUGAAAGUUGCUCUGUAGAAGAGCAUCUCCUAAAAGGUCAAUGUUUUUUAAGGGUGAGAAUGUUGUAAACUAGAGAGAAAUAUCCACUGGAUGUCUCUGUUUAUAGGUCUUUGUUUUCCUGUUUCAACGUUUGAAUUUAAGUUCAUCAAUCUGUCAUAUUAAUGAUCAACUCUGUCAUAUUAAUGGAAGCGAUGUUCAUACUUAGACACACAUUCAGAAACAGAUUUUUUAUCAGAUGAUACCAGUUGAUGGAAAUCAAAUACAGUAUGCCAACUUGUGCAAUGUGAUAUAUCAUUGUAUCUACAAUAUUCACGACAAUGUGAUAUAAAACAAUUAUUAUAUAGUUUUAUGUCAUUUGUUUGCCUUCUCAUAGGCCCUAUAUAAAUUAAUUAUUGAAGAAGAAAUCAUUUUGAUUUUAUUUGUAUGGUGUGUAAUUUAUGUUUUUUCAUUUCAGUAAAACAAAAGUGGUAAAAGGAUGAUUUGAUUCCUGGUAUCUCUAGAAAGUGUUCCUAGAAUGAUUGCUUUAGAUCAGGGUGGCCAACCCUCCUCCUGGAAAGAUACCCUCCACCUGGAGAGAUACCCUCCUCCUGGAAAGAUACCCUCCACCUGGAGAGAUACCCUCCUCCUGGAGAGAUACCUUCCACCUGGAGAGAUACCCUCCACCUGGAGAGAUACCCUCCUCCUGGAAAGAUACCCUCCUCCUGGAGAGAUACCCUCCACCUGGAGAGAUACUUUCCUCCUGGAAAGUUACCCUCCUCCUGGAGAGAUACCCUCCUCCUGGAGAGAUACUUUCCUCCUGGAGAGAUACCCUCCUCCUGGAGAGAUACCCUCCCGUUUGAUUUUAUUCCAACCCUGCACCUACACACCAGACUCUACUAACCAGCUGGUCCCCAAGACCGUGAUUAUCUUGAAUCAGGUGUGUUAGAGCAGGGCUGGAACAAAAGCCUGCAGGAGGCUAUCUCUGAUCUAACUGUGCCCUAACAAAUAUGCAUCCCAAAUGGCACCCUAUACCAUAUACAGUGCAAUACUUUUGACCAGUGUCCAUGGUCAAAAUUAGGGAAUAGGGUGCCAUUUGGGACACACACUAACUGUGCCCUAACAGAGAUGCUAUCUAACAGAGAUGCUAUCUAACAGAGAUGCUAUCUAACAGAAAUGCCCUAACAGAGAUGCUAUCUAACGGAAAUGCCCUAACAGAGAUGCUAUCUAACAGAGAUGCCCUGUCAGUGAUGCCCUAACAGAGAUGCUAUCUAACAGAGAUGCUAUCUAACAGAAAUGCCCUAACAGAGAUGCUAUCUAACAGAAAUGCCCUGACAGUGAUGCCCUAACAGAGAUGCUAUCUAACAGAGAUGCUAUCUAACAGAGAUACCCUAACAGAGAGGCUAUCUAACAGAGAUACCCAAACAGAGAUGCUAUCUAACAGAGAUGCUAUCUAACAGAGAUACCCUAACAGAGAUGCUAUCUAACAGAGAUGCCGUAACAGAGAUGCUAUCUAACAGAGAUACCCAAACAGAGAUGCUAUCUAACAGAGAUACCCUAACAUAGAUGCUAUCUAACAGAGAUACCCAAACAGAGAUGCUAUCUAACAGAGAUACCCUAACAGAGAUGCUAUCUAACAGAGAUGCUAUCUAACAGAGAUACCCUAACAGAGAUGCUAUCUAACAGAGAUACCCAAACAGAGAUGCUAUCUAACAGAGAUGCUAUCUAACAGAGAUACCCAAACAGAGAUGCUAUCUAACAGAGAUGCUAUCUAACAGAGAUGCCGUAACAGAGAUGCUAUCUAACAGAGAUACCCUAACAGUGCCUUCCAGCGUCCCACUAGUGAUUACUGGAUAUAUUCAUGCAGCAACGAUGAUUCAGGCAUGUAUUCUCUUUCCCACUCCAGUGUAGGACUUCUCAUCUUUCUGGGCCGUCCCAAAUGGGAAACCAAUUCCCUAUAGGUCUCUGGCCAAAAGCAGUGCACUAUAUAAGGAAUAGGGUGCCAUUUGGGAUGCUCUGUGCCUGCGAGUGGGGAUUCCCAGUGUUAGAGAAACCAGACAGACAGAAACAUGAAGGAGGAGCCUGGGAGCCAAACUGAAUAUCACUCUAAAUAUCACUCAGAAUAUCCUUCUAAAUAUCUCUAAAUACACCAGUCAAGCACAACAACCUCUGCUCACAUAUGCAGUGUGUAUUCCAGGAUAGGUCAGGCUGUUUCCAUGUGAGCGGAGGUUGUUGUGCUUGACUGGUGCAUUUACCCCCUAACAAACCCCAAAAUUAUUAUUGUAGUACCAGAGCAUCUGUUGAAUAUCAGGGACAUUUCACUCUUUUUGCCUGACGAAUCCUAAGACUAUCUAAAACCUACAUUUUCGCCUAAAAUUACAUACCCAAAUCUAACUGCCUGUAGCACAGGACCUGAAGCAAGGAUAUGCAUAUUCUUGAUACCAUUUGAAAGGAAACACUUUGAAGUUUGUGUAAAUGUGAAAUGAAUGUAGGAGAAUAUAACACAUUGUAUGUGGUAAAAGAUAAUUCAAAGAAUUAUCAUCAUAUUUGAAAUGCAAGAGAAAGGCCAUAAUGUAUUAUUCCAGGUUUGGUAUGAUUUUGAUUUUGGCCACUAGAUGGCAGCAGUGUAUGUGCAAAGUUUUAGAUUGAACCAAUGAACCAUUGCAUUUCUGUUCAAAAUGUUGUAUUGAGUCUGCCCAAAUGUGCCUAAUUCGUUUAUUGAUACAUUUUCAAGUUCAUAACUGUCCACUCUCCUCAAAGAAUAGCAAGGUAUUCUUUCACUGUAAUAGCUACUGUAAAUUAGACAGUGAAGUAAGAUUAACAAGAAUGUAAACUUUCUGCCCAUAUCAGAUAUGUCUAUGUCCUGGGAAAUGUUCUUGUUACUUACAACCUCAUGCUAAUCACAUUACCCUGCGUUAGCUCAAUCGAUCCCGUAGAGGUUAAAUUAAAUGUAGAUUAAAUCAGUUCAUUUAGAUUUGAAUACAUUUUCCUAUUGAUCUCCUCAGUGUAUUAAUGAAAGACGUAGGGGGUUUGACUGAAUGGUGGGAGAUUAUUAUAUAGUUAGUCAGUAUUUGGUUUAUUUAAAUUACUUUUUAAUUUUCCAGUUCAACUUCCACAUUUUAGAGAAGCUAACUGACAUAAAAUGGUGAGGAAACAGACAGAACAGUCAUACUACCUGUGACUAGCAGCUAGCUACAUGUCCAUACUGUAUAAACAACAGAUCAUAUAUUAUAUUACAAUAUUAGUAUUUCCGUUGGAGACUGCCAACAGUGUUGCUUCAGUUCUAGUUUGAAUCUCAAAUGACAACAUAAUCCCCAAUAUACUGCACUACUUUGGACCAGAGCUCCAAGGCUCCUGUUCAAAAGUAGGUCACUGUAAAGGGAAGAAGGUGCCAUUUGAGGCCCAGUUCUAUCCUCAGUACCAGAGACACAGUUCUAUCCUCAGUACCAGAGACCCAGUUCUAGCCUCAGUACCAGAGACCCAGUUCUAGCCUCAGUACCAGAGACCCAGUUCUAGCCUCAGUACCAGAGACCCAGUUCUAUCCUCAGUACCAGAGACACAGUUCUAUCCUCAGUACCAGAGACCCAGUUCUAGCCUCAGUACCAGAGACCCAGUUCUAGCCUCAGUACCAGAGACCCAGUUCUAUCCUCAGUACCAGAGACACAGUUCUAGCCUCAGUACCAGAGACCCAGUUCUAUCCUCAGUACCAGAGACCCAGUUCUAUCCUCAGUACCAGAGACACAGUUCUAUCCUCAGUACCAGAGACACAGUUCUAUCCUCAGUACCAGAGACCCAGUUCUAUCCUCAGUACCAGAGACCCAGUUCUAAUCUCAGUACCAGAGACCCAGUUCUAUCCUCAGUACCAGAGACCCAGUUCUAUCCUCAGUAACAGAGACCCAGUUCUAUCCUCAGUACCAGAGACCCAGUUCUAUCCUCAGUACCAGAGACCCAGUUCUAUCCUCAGUACCAGAGACCCAGUUCUAUCCUCAGUACCAGAGACACAGUUCUAGCCUCAGUACCAGAGACCCAGUUCUAUCCUCAGUACCAGAGACCCAGUUCUAGCCUCAGUACCAGAGACCCAGUUCUAGCCUCAGUUCCAGAGACCCAGUUCUAUCCUCAGUACCAGAGACACAAUUCUAGCCUCGGUACCAGAGACCCAGUUCUAUCCUCAGUACCAGAGACCCAGUUCUAUCCUCAGUACCAGAGACCCAGUUCUAUCCUCAGUACCAGAGACACAGUUCUAUCCUCAGUACCAGAGACCCAGUUCUAGUCUCAGUACCAGAGACACAGUUCUAUCCUCAGUACCAGAGACACAGUUCUAGUCUCAGUACCAGAGACACAGUUCUAUCCUCAGUACCAGAGACCCAGUUCUAGUCUCAGUACCAGAGACCCAGUUCUAUCCUCAGUACCAGAGACACAGUUCUAUCCUCAGUACCAGAGACCCAGUUCUAGUCUCAGUACCAGAGACCCAGUUCUAUCCUCAGUACCAGAGACCCAGUUCUAUCCUCAGUACCAGAGACCCAGUUCUAGCCUCAGUUCCAGAGACCCAGUUCUAUCCUCAGUACCAGAGACACAGUUCUAUCCUCAGUACCAGAGACCCAGUUCUAGCCUCAGUACCAGGUAGAUCAUUAUCAUCAUAUCAUGGUGUUUUAUGGCAUCCAGAGUUCUGCAUGACACAUGAGAUUAACUCUUUGAAGAUUUCGUUUUCUCUUUUAACAACCAACAUGUUUGCCAUUAUUUUCCAACCUUCCACUGUUUCAUUCCAUGUAAUGAUAUGAUGAUUUCUCUAGGCCAUAAUAUUCUGUUUCCCUCUCUCAAGGGAUUAUAUGCAGACAACAGUAGAAUAUGAAUCCACAGACAUGCCUUAGUAAUAUUAUUAUAACACUUGAUUGUGGUUUGCUAUCAAUCAAUAAUUAAUUGAUUGGUGGUUAAGACAUUAACAUAACACUGGACUCUAGUUUAUACUUUGAUAAAUCAUGUGUUCAUUUGAUCAGUUAGUUCUCUGCCACACACUGACUAUUGAUAGAAUAUCCUACCACUCCUACAGAACAGAUUCAAGGUAAAUGGGUCAUUUUCUAUGGCAUCGGCACACCACAUAGGAGAUUUAGCUACUGUUCAUGGUGUUCGCAUGUAUUUAUGCUGAACCAAUCAGAAACCUGGUAGGAGGAGCUAUAUGUAACCAUGGUCCAGAAUACAUUCAUGUACGCCGUCUAUUCAUGGCAGCAGCUCUACUCAACACAGUUAUGGAUUCUUUGAGGUGCAUUUUGGAGACACACUAUUUAUUUUCCUUACAAUAUUAUCACAAAUAUUUAUGAAAUGUAAUAUGGUGUAUUAUGUUGAUAUUAAUGUUGUUGUUUUAGUCAUUGACAGAAUAAGCCCUUGAUUCUGUUGUUGGCCGGGUGUCUGUUGUUGGCCGGGUGAGUCUAUAUUUAGGGCUGGAAGGAAGGAGGAAUCUGUAGCAGCCAUGAUACAUAUGAUGCACUGGGUUCAUCCCAAAUGGCAUCCUAUUCCCUAUAUAGUCCCCAUGGGCCCUCGUCAAAUGUAGUGCACUAAACAGGGAAUAGGGUACCAUUUGGGACGUACACACAGUCAUCAUUACAAAUCCGUGUUGCUUUUCUCUAGUUGGUUAUACAGUAGUAUGUGGUUUCAGAACAAUCAGGGUACUAAUGUAUGGACACUGAAACAGGUAACAAGACAAGUAACAAGUUUAGUUGGAGCUACUAGGCUAUUCACUGUACAUUCACAUUGCCAUCUAGAAUGGGGGGGGGGGGGGGGGGUUGGACUCUGGUAUGACUUCUAUUUUAUCUGUCAUUCUGAGAUGUCAUCACCAUGUUUGUACAGUACAAAUAGCAGGAACAUAUAUUUUCUCUCUGGCCUUCGAUUAGGUUUGUUUUGAUUUGUUGUAGAAAUGGAAAAAAACAACCCUGAAACUAAGUAAUGCCUAUUCAAAUCCUGAAACUGUGAAUGGGGAUCGUGGAGAAGUCUAUGUAUAUGUUUUGAUGUAAUCAAAGAGCACUGGGAAUUAUUACGUUGUAUUUCUCUGUAAAAACUGAACCACAUUGAUAUAACUGUACUUCUGUUGAAAUUAAAACCUCUAUAUACUAAACUGUGUUGUAAGGUCAAUGUGGACGUUCGACAGGAUAUCCUUAUCCUGUAAUGUGAUGUAAUAUCCUGUCUGUGUACUAAUCCUUCUGUUCAAAUAAGGCAAUGUCUUGUUUCCCUGUUUGUUUGCUGCUCCAGUGACUGACUGGGUUUGAACCUGGUUUGAUGCACUACACCAUACUGUGUCGCUGAGCUAUCAGCAAGAACACUCCUAAUGCCAGCAAGAUUCCACAAAUGACAUUGUUUUUAGCUCGACUAAAGAUUACUUGCCAACGGUGAGAAGUGAUUUCAUAGAUGGAGAAUACAUCUACAGUGGUAGUCUGACACCUAGUGGUUACUCGUAGUUUUACACUUACUAAAGGUUUCUCCUGAAGCUCUGUGCACUUAUAUAACUGUCCAAGAAGAGAGGGCAUUGUCUUCACCAUGGUUUCAGCAUUCUUCAACCAAUUUCCAAUGAUUACAUUUACCAAACAUUUGCUGAAUUCAAUCACAGAGAAUAAGUUAAAUAAACAUGUUUAUUCUAAUUCAACCUCUACAGCUAUUCAAAGGCAAACUUGGCAUAAUUAUUAUUCACACCUACAAUAGAAACAGAACAAACUGGACUUUGCAGCCCAUGAUGCACUCAGUAGAGACAGAAGAGGAUGGUAUGAAAUUGUUGCACUUUUUUUGAAAGUUUUGCAGAAAUCAUGUGUUUUCAGAACAGUGGAGAUGAAGCAGAGGAAUCCACUGUAGGCUAUUGAGACACAGCCAUAUAGCGUAUCCAUUUGUGACAUCAUCUUCAUGCAGAGUUCAGAGGUCAGGAGAUAGAGGUCAUGUGAGAUGUUUCAGGUAGUUCCUCAGUAUCUGGGGAAUGUCCAAGCGGUCUAUGUAUGUCAUUUUAUUAACCACGGGGAGGUGUCUCCGAAUCGCAAGCCGUGUCAGUGACAUCAGAGUAUUGGGACAAACUGGAAAUAAAACACAGGGGAGGUUCUAGUUAAUUCAGGGGAGGUUCUAGUUAAUUAAAUGAAAUACGAGAAUGUCUCCAAUGUUCUCAUCAUUAACAACCAUCAAUCAAUUAGAGUUACAAAACAGACUGAAUAUGUGACAGUCAAAUAUGUAACAAAUGUAUAACUUAUGUGCAACAAAUGUAACGAAUGUAUAAUAACUCUUUAACAAAUAUGAAACAACUGUUUCACAAAUAUGAUACAAAAGUAAAACAAGUGUGUGUGAUGUUCUCACCUCUCUCCUUGAGCAGCAGAGCCACCGCUUCGUUCUGCUUGGUGGUCUUGUCAAUAAUCAGCGUGGGCAGAUACACGUCUGCCCCAAAGUCUAUGAGCAGCUGUAUGUAUUCCACUCCACAGCCAUACCUCAGACACAUCUCCAGCACCGUCUUGGGCUGCUUGAUCCUGGCCAGCAUCUUCUCUGACUUACAGUUAUAGUCAGGAUUAGCCCCGUGGAGCAGCAGCAGCUUGAAACAGUCCAGGUGUCCAUAUACAGCGGAUAUGUACAGGGGUCCCCUGCAGGCUGUGGCGUUGGAGGCCCACUCAGGGACUUUGGGCCAGACGUCGACCUCGGCUCCGAACUGAAGCAGCUCCCUGAGGACCUCCACGUCUCCCUCGCGGGCGGCGGUCAGCACCGGGGAACAGUUGUUGUACGGGCUGCCGUUGGGGUCGGCUCCAGCCUUCAGUAAGACCACAACACAGUCCAGGUGUUUACCACUGACUGCUGUAAACAGAGGGGUCUGGGCCUUCACAUCUAGACUGUCCACCUGCAAAACCAAUCAAUCACCAAGCAAUAAUUCAUCAAUAGGUUAAAUCACAUUUAUUUCUAAAGCCAUUUUUACAUCAGCAGCUGUCACAACGUGGAGGAUUUUUUAGUCCAUGUCAGGAGUAGGCGUCUGGGUACGAGAAGCUAGUCCAAAGUACUCUAUCGCCAUAUCUCACCUCCGCUCCGUGCUCCAGCAGGAGUUCCAGACACCUCAGGUGUCCGUGUGCUGCGGCAGUCCGUAGGGGGGUAACAGGGAUCCCCCAGCCGCUUCUGCUGUUGAUAGACUUUCUGUAGCUCUCCUGGGACAACAGCUCAGCUAACACCACCACGUCAUCACUGCUCACUGCCUGGUUCAGAGCCUGGGGAACAGAGCAGUAUUAUACCUCCACCAUACACACAGUGUUAUUGGGCUGCACUGCUGGGUGGUAUUCACUACACUCAAAACACACAAAAACUGAAGCAGGGAGGUACUAUCUGAACUUGUUCAAUAAAAUAAGCUUGUCAUUUGUAAAUGAUGUCCUUAUGAAUACGACCCUGGUUAGGUCACACCCAUGUAGACUUGGAAGUCACACCCUCUGAUGCUGUGCAAGUCUACUGAUGCUGUCUCAGUGAUAGGUUGCUAAGUUACAAAGCACUGCAAGCUCAUUGGCUGUACCUGGCCAUGCUCAUUGUCCUCCUCAUCCUCUUCCUUGGGCUGAAGCAGAGAGAAGAUCUUGGAGACGUCCAUUAGACUCAUCUUGAGAGGGUUGGUGGCUGUGUUGAUACUGUCUAGGACCAUACUGUUACUAUAGCUGUAACAGUUACAACUCCCCCAUCUAUUUCACUUUAUAUAUUCACUUUAUAUAUUAUCUACCUCACUUGCUUUGGCAAUGUUAACACAUGUUUCCCGUGCCAAUAAAGCCCUUGAAUUGAAUUGAAUUGAGAAGAGAGGAGAGAGAAGGGGGGAUACAAUUCAGUUAAUGAAUAACCUUUAUAGAUCCUCGGAGAGAAAAUUGGAAUCAGACACCGGCAUCAGACAAAGACAGGGAGAAUACAAACACACAGGCAUAGCUAAACUGUUUGGGUUUGUACCAACCAGGACUAAUCUGUGCUUCGGGACAGUAAUAGAUAGAGACAGGGAAUAAAUAGAGACAGGGAAUAUAUAGAGACAGGAAUAGAUUGAGACAGGGAAUAGAUAGACUGGAUAGAUAUAGAUAGGAAUAGACAGAGACCAGAAUGGAUAGAGACAAGGAAUAGCUAGAGACAGGAAUAGAUAGAGACCGGAAUAGAUAUAGAUAGGGAAUAAAUAGAGACAGGGAAUAGAUAAAAGACAGGAAUAGAUAGAGACAGGGAUAGAUAGAGACAGGGAAUAGAUAGAGACAGGGAUAGAUAUAGACAGGGAUAGAUAGAGACAGGGAAUAGAUAGAGACAGGGAAUAUAUAAUAGAAAGUAAUACAUAGAGACAGGGAAUAGAUAGAGACAGGGAUAGAUAGAGACAGGGAAUAGAUAGAGACAGGGAAUAGAUAGAGACAGGGAUAGAUAGAGACAGGGAAUAGAUAGAGACAGGGAUAGAUAGAGACAGGGAAUAGAUAGAGACAGGGAUAGAUAGUAACAGGGAAUAGAUAGAGACAGGGAAUAGAUAGAGACAGGGAAUAUAUAAUAGAAAGUAAUACAUAGAGACAGGGAAUAGAUAGAGACAGGAAUAGAUAUAGAUAGGGAAUAAAUAGAGACAGGGAAUAGAUAGAGACAGGGAAUAGAUAGAGACAGGGAAUAGAUAGAGUCAGGGAAUAGAUAGAGUCAGGGAAUAGAUAGAGACAGGGAAUAUAUAGAGACAGGGAAUAGAUAUAGACAGGGAAUAUAUAGAGACAGGGAAUAGAUAGAGACAGGGAAUAGAUAGAGACAGGGAAUAGAUAUAGACAGGGAAUAUAUAGAGACAGGGAAUAGAUAGAGACAGGGACAGAUAGAGACAGAAAUAGAUAAGCCACUUAAGUGCUGGGAAUGUUUGUGUUACAUGCAUCUCUCACACACACUACAUAGAGACCAGUUCACAGAAUAAUAUAUACAAUUCAGUUAAUUUACUAUCAGACAUCUGUAAAAGUGUUAUUGGAAGCCAAGUAGGAUGAGCACUUCUUGGAAUAGACAUUACUAUGCAAGAGUUAAAUUAGUAAACUCCACAUCCUCGCCAUAUGGGUUUGCACAACUUUGCAGAGAGGGCAUAAUGGGGAAAUGAAAAUGAAAUAUUUCUAAGUAUGAUCAUGGAAAAUACGAUCAAAAAGCAACAGAUUUGGGGAUUGUUAAAAACUUCCAACCCAGACAGAAUCCCAUUCCCCAUGUAACUCCUGCUAUAACUACCAUGAUCCAAAGACCCAGAGCCACACAGCAAAUGGUGGUUAACAAUGCUUUCCACUUACCUCACCUACAGGGUCACCAACCAGGGAUUUUUCUGCCAACAAUGUUAAUCAGGACGUUGGUAGUAAACACUUACCACUCUCUUAUAACUCCAUGGUCCGUUGGUCACGUGGAGGAAGAGGAGACUCCAAGAGGAAUGUGUUGCUGUAUCCACACAGGGACUGGGGUCUGAGAGCUGUGUGUGUGUGUGUGCAUGUAUGUGUGGGCACACGGGUGUGCAUAUGUGUUGCUGUCUAACACAGCAGAGCAGAGAGGGGGUCUGGCUGGCUGGGUGCUGCUUGGGGGCUAUUUUUAGUCCCACAGAUGGACCUAUCUAAACUUCCAUUCUUGGAGAACUGUGGGGGGUUAUAAUUAGAUGGGUGAUAGACUAGUGACACUGACACUCAGGCUGUGAGUUUGGUUGGUGGGCAGGGGCCUUGGUACUCCCUGGUGUUUCACUGUGUCCUGAGUAAAGAUUACAUGAUAAGGCAGCACUUCUAGUUCUGAUGGUCAGUAGUGGAAAUACACAACUAGACUACUCUACCAGCAAACAUGUCAUUCAAUGAUGUGUGAUCUGAAAUCAGAUAGGCUUACUUCAGUCCAUUUUCAUUUUAGCUUGCCAUAAUCACCAAAAGUAACUUUAACCCUUUAGGUUUCUUUUUUUUUUUAAAGAGUGUAAGUGUGUAGUGAAAUCCUUUAAGAUAAAUGAUUUGUGCUGUAUUGUGUCUACAUGUAACAGGCCUGUCAUCACCUCCAUUUCUUUAGUUUGCACUGUGACUGGCAACCAUCUUAUAGUCUGUGCGCAGCUGUCUGACUGUCAGAGAGGCUGUUGUAGACUAUCAGCUGUUCACACAGCCCUGCCCUGCCCUGCCUGCAGAACCAUGAUCAAGAAGACCUCUGCAUUUGUAGAAGUAUGGUGGUCAUGGUCAUCUUACAUUCCUUUCCAAGAUGAUCUAUACAUUCCAGGCAUUUUGGGAAGUGAAGUCUGUUUCCGCCUCUCAAAAACACAGGGAAGGGAAAUGAUUUGAUGUAACCAUUGUUUGCUUAUAGCUUAGAUUACUUUGUCCUUAUAACUAAACUGAAAAUGUAGCCAAUUUCUGAAAGUAGGCCUGCUUUUGUAGUUUAAUUAUGCCUGCCUAUAACAUACAUUUCUACAAUAAAAUGUAUGCAGAUAAUAAAGUAUACUAUGAUAUAAUAUCAUAAAGCAUCAUGAUUUACAUAAAAUGUUGUCACAUAAAAAUAUAUAAGCAGGCAGAUAACAAGGUUAGCCAAAAGUAUUUCUAAAUAUGAACUUUUUCUUUUUCGGGCCCUCUUCAUCUACCCCCCUCCAGUACGCUAGGUGGCGGUAAAUACUCAUUGUUAGCAGCACUGCGAUCGCAAGAAGAAAAUAUUUGCCCUGUUGUAGUUUUGGGUGUGUAACUAGCUAUCUAACGCGUUUUACAUUUCAUAUAAUAGCUAGCUAAUUCAUCACACAGUUUGGGGAUACAUAAUUGCGCCAACAAAGUUAGGUUUUUAAUGUUACGUGUACGUUGUAGUUGUUUGCACUUUACUAUAUUCGUUGAGGCUAGACGUUAUGGUCUGCUGGCAGCGGUAAAGCUAGCUAGUUUAGGUAGCAUCAAUCCAACUUUCGUCAACUCCUCUCGUUACGUGAUUCAGUUGUCCGUCAGUUGAUCAGAAAAUCACUAAGAUAAUAUCACAUAGUGGCCACAGUGUUUGAUAUUAGGUCGGUUUGUUCAACCUUUGAAAGUCGAAGUUACGUUGGCAACAUCAUAAACAAAUGCGUCGCCAUGUUGGCGGAAGUUGUGUUCCCUAGACAUUGAAGUGGCAUUUCUGGCGGCGUGAAAAUAGCUUUUUCUUGGCCCUAGGUAUGGAGGAGAACGAGGCACUGGAGAUCUACUGCAGGAGAAUGAUAACACAGGUCAACAAUAAACUAAACCCAGAAACUGCAGGGGAGAGGGGGUGGAGAGAGAGGGGGGAAGAGGGGGAGAGAACAGCUCUCCGAGGGAGGGGGAGGAAGAAGUUGCAGAGUGAGGUGUGGAGGAGGAUGAUCAUACAAAUACACAGAAAACAGAACACAGAAACUACAGCAGCGAGUGAGAGGCAGAAGGAAAAGACUGUGAGGAGACAGAGGGAGUGUGAAGACCUUGCAGGAGAGCCUGUCCCUAUACAGCUAAUUUCUGCCCUGAAGAUGAAGACUUUCACAGAGGAGAUGAGACGGGCCAUGGACACGGAGCUGCAUGACCCAUCAGUGUGUGGAGUGUGUGUGCAGCAGCAGGCAGCUUUGUCCCUAAACACCUUCAUCAGGAGGAAGACUACUCAACUAGACACUAACAUACUGGAGGAUAAACUACACACACACCUCUAUAACAGGGACGCUGUGUGUCUGUUGGGAGAGUUGCUAAGGGGCCUCCCCAAGCCCUCUGACGCCCCCAGUGGGAUUUGGGAACAACUGCAGGCCAGAGGAAGACAGCAACUUGGGGUUACCUUGGAGAUAGAACUGAGCUAAGUGCACCCUCAUGCUGGCCAUGUGACUGAGCAUAGCAGAAAUGGCACCCUUUUCCCUAUGUAGUGAACUAGUUUUGCGUCGAGACAGCCCUACGUGGAAGUGGAUUGCAGCCUGUGAUUUUCACUGAGUGUCAUUGAUCAUGUGUAUUAUGAGAUUCAUCUUAUAAAAGAAAAUACAAUUCCAACUGCGGUACAAAAUACAUUUUAUUUUUGUAUUCAAGUUUCACAUACAACACUGUUAAAAGCAAAUGAGCAUCGUGGUUUUCUCAGUCCUUUGACCGUCCAUUAUGCCUUCAGUAAACAUUAGAACAACUUCCUGGGUUAUACAGUCCAAUAUCACAAACAGUUACAACACAGUGAUUAUAGUUCAGCCAUGGAGAGUGUUCAUGCAAUGUACACAUGUUAAAUACAGAGGAACAAGUAAAUGCAGGACGUUUCACAUUUAAUGCCAGAACCAAUCACAACAUGGGUACAGCUACAGUAUAGUAUUGUUUAUUAUUGCAUAUAACAUGAUAAAAACAGAGGAACAAGUAAAUGCAGUACGUUUCACAUUUCUAAUGUUCGAGCCAAUAGCAACAUUAGCUGAAGAACGCUCAACUCCGUUCGCUUAUAUCGAGGCAGAGUUGAGUUUUGAUAACUGGUUGCAUGAUGUGCGAGCAACAACAUUGAGUCACCAUCAGUUGAUACUUGUUAAAAAGUCAAUUCUGAAAACGCCUACCUGUCCCUAUAUUUGUCCUGUACAACCUGUAUAACCGCGGUGCCAAAAUUCAUACUUUGAAUAAAAACUUUUAGCGAAUACA